GAAUUCUGGACAGUUUUCGCGGAUUUUUUAGUUCUCCGCUCCCACAAUUUUUAACGGAGUUUUUCAAUACUAAGCUCGCCAUUCCGUCCGAGUUAAUUGAUUGGAUCUGCAUCCUCCUGUGGAUUUUUACUUUUCUUCUGGAUUCAUAUGAUGAGUUUAGCCUCCAGACAUGCUCCAGCUCCCUCCGGUACUACACAUGCUAUUCUACCUCCGGCUGCUGUUGUGACUGGACAAGCAGCAGCCCUUCCAGGCGCACACGGUUUAUUGAAUCAAGUGAACAACACACGUGGUGGAAACAACUCGUUAAUGAGUCUUAUCAGCAGUGGCCUCUCCAUCCCUCGUCGUAUGAUGGUUCAAGCACGCGGCGCACAGGACAAUCUGUAUGUCCCAAUCCACCUGAGUUUCAUUGGGACAAUAGGGCAAGGAACCUUUGGUCAAAUCGAACAAGCUACACUCACUGUUCACAACGAACCAUCAGCUGAACAAGGUUCAGGUUUGAAGCUCCAAAGACCUGGGGAACAAUCCCCGUUGAAAGUCGCGGUCAAACGCGUUCUGCAGGAUCCGCGCUAUAAAAACCGAGAGUUGAGCAUUAUGCAACGAUUAAACAACCAUCCUAACGUUGUGAAGUUUUAUUACUAUUAUUAUUCCACCAGCUCCUCGAGCAGUAGGACUCACCGAAGCUCGAGUGGGCGUAGCGGCUCCAGUUCGUCGGGCGUGGAUGUUUACCUUCACCUGGUACUUGAGUGCUUUCCAGAAAGUUUGUGCGAACUUAUUUACCGACAUCUCCAACGCAAUGUGAAGAUCCCUUCGCAUGUGGUAAAGGUGUUCACAUAUCAAAUGCUUAAAGCCCUCGCCUAUCUUCAUAGUCACCAAAUAUGCCAUCGGGAUAUCAAAUCCUCCAACCUACUGGUUGAUGAGUCUACACUUGUUCUAAAAGUCUGUGACUUCGGUAGUGCCAAAGAGAUGGUUCCUGGGACAGCAAAUGUUUCUUACAUAUCCUCCAGAUACUACCGCGCUCCGGAACUCUUAUUUGGGGCGCAGCUGUACACCUGUGCGAUUGACACUUGGAGUGGCGGUUGCGUCCUUGCCGAAAUGCUCCGUCAACACUGUCUAUUUAUGGGUGUGGAUUCUGUGGAUCAGUUGGUCAAAGUGAUUCGAGUUUUGGGCACCCCUUCCGUAGAAGAUAUAGCAAGUAUGAACCCCAUGUACGGCUCAUACAACUUCCCGGAUGUCCAGUCUUGUCCUGUCAAGCUAUUCUUUCCUCAACACACUCCAUCCGAUCUACUCGCUUUGAUGAGUAAGAUGCUGGUCUACAACCCCACUCGACGUAUCUCCCCUGCCAAUGCUUUGGCUGAAUCCUGUUUUGAUGAACUGCGUGAAAUUGGGCCAAACGGUCUUCUCCCUGGUCGUGUACGCAUCCCCCCUCACCUAUUCGACCCAGAUCCACCUCCCAUCCCAGUGGCGGCCAACAACAGCACUGAAAUUGCUGCAACGUCUCAUGCCCCAAAUCAACCGAACAAUUGGUCGCACACAGACGUGCGGGCUUGGCAGACUUCGAACAAAAAAUCCGGAGAUAUUCCAUCAAUCGAUAGGAAAAAUAGCAAUGGAGGUAGCAAGCAUCCUUCCCGGGAACUCACUGCAGAGAUGAAUAAAAAGGGCCGACAGUCUACAGAAAAGAUAGCAGGCAGUGCUACACUCUCCAACAACCUUGGACCAGGCUGUGAACAGAGUGAGACGGAUGUAUUGUGCAACAACCCCGUUGUGAGAACCAGUGGGAGCAACAGCAGUAAUCCGGGUGCCGCUAACAGGACCACAAGUGCGAAGCGAACCAGUAACAACUGCUCCAAGAAGUCUGACAGUCCCGCUAGCCAGCCAGACUAUGCUGCCCUGAGCAACGGGAGUAGCGAAAGGCGUGGUUCCAACACUACCACUGCUACCGCCGCCACCACCACCAACCCCCAUCAGGCAUUUAAGUCAAAUCCCACCUCCGACAGUUUACCGGUACCUCACACGAGUGAAUCCGAAGUCCUUAAUGACGUUUCCAGUUAGUCUAGUUUUUCACUCCUCUCUGGACUACCCUCUCUACGGGUUCACUCGUUCCCAUCCCUUUCCCAAGCUUGACGACUAAUCUCCCACGCGGGCGCAAAUCCCUCUAGAGGUCCUUCGUUUUGUUGCGGUUCCUAUCCUGUUCUCCCUCCCGUCUCUACCACUCCUUAACUGUCUGCUGAUAACGACACAGCGGGCUCUUUCUGGCUCUAGGCGGGCGCUGCACCGGACACCGACAUCCUCAAUACUGAUGACGCUUCAUUACGUAGUUAUUUUCCGUCUAUACAUGCUAAUCAUUCAUUCAUACUGAUCAUUUGGCGCCCUAAUGGUUGCUUGUUGUACAUAGUCGUUUUUGGUUUUUACGUACAUGCCUGCGCACACACAGCAUGCUAUUGUUCAUCCUCAACGUCAUUCGUCUCUUUUGGGCCUUCCUACCAAUUCAUUCACCGCCGUUCGAGGUCCAGCCAUCCGCGCAUCUGUUGGAUACGACCCGCUGUGGUUCUCUCGACUAUAUCUCAUAUAUCCACUCUCAGAUGUCAGUCAGUCAUAUCACCUGAUUCCGCUUGUAGCCUUUGCAAUCAGUCAGUAACGUGUGCGCGCUGUUUUCAUCCUUUCCGAACACACUCACUGGGACUCAAGAAUUGUUCUAGCGGUGAUGACAUCGUGCUUGUUGAAGUCCAAAUCAGCUGGCCAGUCUAUGAUGACGGCUCUGCGCGCUCAAUAUAGUCAAAUCCACCUCUUUCAGCCCUGUUCAUCCGAUUUUUCGGACAGGCAUUAUGUACUUAGGGUUUUUUGAUCUCCUAGACUUUUCCGCUUUCCCACUUCUACUCAGCUCACACGUGCUUACGUUCUCAUACGCUGCGCACCGGCCCUCGGCUGUUCUCUGUUGCCCAACCUUGGGUGAUCUCAGUCAAUCUGCAUUAUGUCUGUUCCGUAUUUUGUCUGUGUGUGUUUUACCUCUUUCCGUUGUUUGUCACUCCUUUUUUAUUUCAAGGACGUGUGGUGCUUGGCCACCAAAUUUACUGCGGGAUGUGCUUAUGUCACCACGUUGUCCAUAUCAGUCGAUCGCUCCCUUUCUCGUUGCUCUCCCGUUCCUUAUGUGAUGUAUUUCUUGUCCUACCAAUCCUCUCCUCAUUGAUCCCUGAACUCGGGAAGAUCGACAUUCCGUUCGUCGUUUUACUCCACAACGUCUAGCCCUAUCUCUCAUGCUGUGCUGUUGUUGUUGUUCCCGUUCUUGUCGUUGAUUGUGUCAAGAAGUCCCAAAACGCGCAAGCUGCACCACGCUUCAGUCGACCAUUGUGCUGCACUCGCAUCGUGGUUAUUUGCAACAAUCAUCCAGUUUGCUACAUCCCCGUCAAGAGACACUUGCGUUCGUAGCGCUUGUAUAUUAGUUAUACCCGACCACCACGAGUACGGUUAUUUACGCACCACCAACUCAGGCACCAUCCAUUUAGCUUACUCCUGCUCCGCCCCCACUCCCCCCC